CUAGGACUUCAAGGGGAGUGGGGAGGCAACCCGCCCCCCCAUGGGUGCAGCUUGGCACGGAUGGGACCAAGUCCAUGUUUUGGGGGGGGGUGAGCCCCCCUUAUGCAAAUGACCCAGACUGUGGGCCGACAGCAGCUCUCUAUGGUGGCUGGCACAGGACAAACGUUGCUGAGCCCAGGCGUCCAAGUCCACAGCCUGCCCUGUGCCUGGACACCUGCGUUUGCUCUCCCAGUUACAGCCAGGGCCCACCUUGCCUGGGGUCCCUGCAGGAUGUGGGUGCCCUUGACCAGCUCUGAGCUGCGCCCGGGAGCCUGGGUUCCUGGGUGGGACAGGCAAUGCUCCCUCUACGGUUUAGCAAUCCUGGCUGGGAGGGCGGGGCUAUCUCUGUGUCCACCUCUUCCUGCUCCUGCAGCAGCCUGUGCCUGGCUUGGGGCAGGGGGCGAGCAGCCAGGUGCCCAGGUGGUCAGCACUGCCCACCACCCCCAGGCUGGCACCAGGGUUAAGGCAGCCCAGCCCACCUAUUUUCCUGGGAGCCAAUCAGGAGCGUGGAGUCUGUUCGAGCCGCGCUCCUGCACCUUCACCUACCUGCUGGGCGACGCGCGCUCCCGCCAGGCGCUGCUGCUCGACCCCGUGCUCGAGACCGCGCGGCGCGACGCCGCCCUCGUGCGUGACCUGGGGCUGGAGCUGCGCUACGCGGUGAACACCCACUGCCAUGCCGACCACGUGACCGGCUCAGGGCUCCUGCGCCGCCUGCUCCCGCCCUGCCGCAGUGUCAUCGCCCGUGACAGCGGUGCCGCCGCCGACCUGCUGCUGCGCCACGGCGACACCCUGCACCUCGGCGACCUUACGCUGGAGGCACGGGCCACACCGGGGCACACCCCUGGGUGCCUGACCUUCGUGCUGGACGACCAGAGCAUGGCCUUCACGGGGGACGCGCUGCUCGUGCGGGGCUGCGGCCGCACCGACUUCCAGCAGGGCUGUGCAGCCACCCUGUACCGCUCGGUGCACGAGCAGAUCUUCACCCUCCCUGAGGACUGCCUGCUCUACCCGGCCCACGACUACAAUGGCCACUCGGUGACGUCAGUGGGGGAGGAGCGGACCCUGAACCCGCGCCUGACGCUGUCGCUUGAGGCCUUCGUGGAGCUGAUGAACAACCUCAACCUGCCCAAGCCCGAGCACAUCGACAUCGCCGUCCCCGCCAACCUCAAGUGCGGCAUCCAGGACCCCCCGCCGGCCUAGCCCCGCCCACUAUGCCUUGGCCCCGCCCCCUCGCUGAUGAUUUAACCCCUGCCGUGCCGCGGCCUUGCACUCCGGCUCCCAUGGCAGCUGCCCCCCCCCCCGCUGCCUGCCUGCCUUGGGGGCCGCCGCCACCACCCCCCCGUCAUGAACUGUGAGGACCAGGGCCUGUCACCCGCGGAACCCGUGUCCGGACUCCCACGCAUGGACACCCCGCAAAAAAGAAGGCCCCAGGCAUCCGGGCUCCCCUUGGGGAACCGCGGACUGAGCCCCUUGUCUGCCCGCGGGGCCCCAGUUGCCCCCCCAGCCGUGGGGGUCCUAGUUGCCCCCCGGGGGCAGCUGCCUCCCCCUCCCCCCACGUGAUUGUCUCAGAGCAUCAAUAAAGGCGCGUUCCUCCGA